CCCAAUGUAAUAUUCCCCAAAUUCCCUCCUUUUUCAUAACCCUUUUCUCUUCCUCUCACUUCCAUUUAUUUUCUCAUAAGGGUCAUCAGAAAGAGAGAGAAAGAAAACACCCCACACAUACAGAACAGAACAAAGGAAGCUGAAGAAAGAGAAAGCACAUCACAGUUCCACAGAACCUGAACGUAAACACAGACACCAACGAUCUUACUCUCACUUCACCUCACCAACUAAGCCACACCCUUUUCAUCAUCAUCAUCAUCAUCAUCUUCUUCUUCUUCAUCUUCUUCUUCUCAGCAACUUUAUCUUUCUUUCUACCGUAUUCUCUGCACAAAUGGAGGUCAUAGCUCUCUACAAGCUUGAAUCUCGUGGGAUAGUGUAGUCCCUUCGAGACCUUUCCUUUACGACUUUGUAACUCUCGAGCUCGUUCUUCUUCCUCUUCGUGCUCUCCUUUUCUCUUUACCUUCCUCUUUCGCUCUCUAGAACUUCCUCUGCCGGAGGAUGGCCAUCUCGUGCCGGAAACUGACCGUCGUGAACUUGGAUCCGGAGAGAAAGCGAAGCGGGGGGUUGAGGACUAAACAGGCGGGGAGAGGAUCGUGCCGUGGUAGUUAGUUUUUCGGGAAUGUGCUUUUUGCUCUCUCUCUCUUUCUUCGUGAAUGAAUGCUAGUGUGACUCCAUUGCGUUGGAAAAAGGAUAACUUUUUACCGGUUUCGGAACCCCUUUUGCGAAAAACCAAAUGGGGUUUUUGCUCAAAGAGGUUUUGAGGACUCUGUGCUCAAGGAAUCGCUGGUCUUAUGCCGUGUUUUGGAAGAUCGGUUGCAACAAUUCCAAGCUGUUAAUCUGGGAAGAUCACUACUACGAACCCUUGCCAUCUCCUUUCCCUCCACGUACUGUUGGGAUGUCUAAUUUUCCAUACCGAGACGGGGAAGGGUGCUGGUUUUCUUCUGAGUCCCUCACUGUGAUUCCUGAGGAGGACAGAAGUGUCGGUGGAUUGGAUUAACACCAUGAUGGUUUUUUGAAUAAUUCAGUCAAUAUUGCUGGAGAAGGGGUUGGUCCUCCCCUAUUUUGGCCUUUUCAUUGCUUAUCAUUAUCAAUAUUUGAAGUGUUUUUCCUUCUCAUUCCCAUCUUACCCAAUUGCCAUCUUUUUGGUUGUUAACCAGGAUGGUUGGACGGGCCAACAUGUACAUGAACUAUCAGUGAUUUCUUAUGAACAAUUUCAAUAGAGAUGCAUAUUCACCAGAAGGUAUGGAGUUGAAUUCUAUUUCCCCA